ACCAAUUCCUCAUGAUUUCAAAAUUCAUUGACAUUCCUAAAUCUGUUAUUUAAUUAGUAUUUGAUUAUCAGAAGAAGAAGAGAAAAAAUGGGAGACAGCACAAUGACAUGUGUAGACAUUCUUUUGGCAAUCAUCUUGCCUCCUCUUGGUGUUUUCCUCAAGUUUGGCUGCAAGGUGGAGUUCUGGAUCUGUGUUUUGUUGACUCUUUUUGGAUGGCUACCUGGUAUUGUCUAUGCUGUUUGGGUUCUUACCAAGUGAUCAUCUCCUCUAGAGAAGAGGAAAAAGGUGAAUAUGUGAUGAAGCCCAUUACUAAGUCACUUUAUUUCCCCUAAUGGAGUAUAUUAUCUAGCUGUUGUUUUAUUUAUUCUUUGUAUUUUUUCAAAGUUUAUCCCCUCCUUUUUCUUUAUUGGCUACUAUUCUCUCUUGUCAGGAAAUUUGGAUAUAUAGUGUUUUGGUUGUGUACUUGCAUUCUGUUAUUUUAAUUGAAUAUACCAAUAAUUGUUUUACUCCUA